AUGAAGUCGAAAAGAUCGUUGGUGCGAGCCAUUCUUUUCGUCCUGAGACUUCAGAAGAAUGUCAGCGCGAGGCAUCGCAGUGAAUCUAGAAGAGUCCCGAACAAUGUGGCUCGCCCUCUUGUCAGGUAAGAAUUUAUGAACAAAAUGUGGCCUAGAGAAUGGGCCGGAAAACUGACUGAUGCUCUUUUUGUUCUCAAAAUAUUCUCAUUUUCUUAAGUUCAAUAAAGUCGUUUCAAAACUGAGGUUGACCGAAAAUUAAUAUAAGCAAUUUUUUUAUUGAUUAUCAAGCCUGGAGUUUCAAAAAUCUCAGUUUCCUUAUUCUUCUGGUAGAAAAAAAGAUCAUUUCAAUAAAUGAGUCAACAUAACUGACAAGAAAAGUCAUUUAAUUUUUUUUUUGUGGUGGGGAGGUUCUGCAGUUUUUUUUUCUGCAAAUCUUUCGUUGUACCAAAUGAAGAUACCAAAAUUUUCAACAUGCACAAAAUUUUUAGUUCACGAGAAAAGAGGGCUAAGCACCUAAAAAUAACUCUUUUUUCUUUAAUUUUUCAAAGUUAAUUAGGAAAUUUUGCAGAUUGACAUUUUAACAUAAAAAAAGCGAAGACGGAAAUUAUUAAGAAGGGUAUGAGAAAAAAAUGAUUUUUGAAAGAAAUUGACAAAUUCGAUCAAGUGUGCCAAGCCGUAAAAUGAUACUCACAUCAAAAUAUCUGAGAAAAAAAAUUGUAAUCGAGUGUAGAAAUGCCAGAAUUUUUAAGUUUUCAGUCAUAAGACUAUUUAGAUCUUAAUUCAUAAAAGGUUCAUAGAAUAUAAUAGCCAAAUUUUUCCUUCAUAUCCAUUUUUUUCAAAAAAAAAAAUGAUCUAUUUUUUCUCUGUUUAUAUACCUUGUCAAGAUUUUUUCUUCAGGUGUGAGUCUACGAAAAAUCGCAGAAGGUCCUCUCACAAAUGCGCCCACAGACAUCGAAACAGCGCCCCUAGCAGCUCUUUCCCGCUGAGGUCUUCCUCAAACGAUACUUUGUGAAAAAAUUUUGAUUCCAGAACUCCUCAAACAACUUCGCGCUCUAGUACUGGUAGUCGAAGUCCUGCAGAAUGGCCAGUAAACUUUGGUACUGCAUGGACUUUUUUUUUACAAAGUUUUACUGAAUAGAAACAUGUUAUUCGAACUUAAAAAAUCAACCUAGACUCUUUGAAAACUUAUGAGAACUUCCCAAUUUAAAUAAAGUCAGUUAAAACACAUAACUAAGGGUUUGAUCUUAAAUGCGGGAAUAGUCGUAGACUCAAAACGGAAAAACAGUGAAAAUGAACAAAUCUCGUGAGUGAUAACAAAUCAGAAAGACCAUCACUGAGCUUCAAAUGAAAAUGAUAAGGGCGUCGGGUACUUGGAGCGCCGUUUGCGGAACGAUCUCUGUCCGUUUCGACGGAAAAACAAAGGAGAGCCGCUUCAGGAGUCUACUCGGGAAUGUCGCAGCCCUACUCCAUCGGGCUCGAUGAUUCUCGCGGCAAACCGCUCAUCAGCGUCUGUGCAGGUGCUGCUCAUACCUUGGCCUCAACUGCGCUUCUUUGUCGUCAACAAUCGCUUGAUGAACCUGCUACCAGGUUUUACGGUUUCAAAAACAAAGUUUUAAACGUCUUUAUUGUUUAUUUACACUGCCUCAAAAUAAUCGUCUGAGACCAAAAAAUUGCUGGAAUGUGCAGAAAUGUCGACAUUCUUUCCCAUAAAAAACUUGAAGAACGAUAAAAUCUUCGAAAUUUUCCAGAGCGCUCGAAAAAGUUGCCACCAGCCCACUUCUCCGAGGUAUUUUAUGUUUUACUAUCGCCAAUUUCCUCACCAAGUUUCUCUUUCCUUUGUCGCAACGUUGUGCGAAUAUCGUUGACCUCUUUCUUCGAACUUUUUCCUUUUUGCGCCAGUCAUCCUUUAUCUUCCUCAGUCCGCAUUGAAAUUAUCAUCAUAAUAAAAGUCCAAAUGAGUUCAGCUUAUUUUAUUCAUCGAGUUUGAUGUUCAGGAAUAUCCGUCCAGCGGCAGGGCACGAUUGAACCCACUGAAAGGAAAAAGAAUGGUGACCUCGAUGAACGACUUCAGCGAAAGGCGGUGAAAACUAACAUGAUCACAAUGUAUGGUGAGUCUUCUUUCCUUUCUGUCACUCAUUGUCCUCAACGAUUAAUAUUUUGUCAAAGUACCAUAUCGAAAUUUCCCCUAAAAUCAUUCAGUUUCAGUUGGUUUGAGAGCGAAACCUUUAAAAAAAACUGACUCAGUAUUUCUCGCGACUGCAAAAAUUUUUUCCGGUGCUUUUAAUCCGGUCAGAAAAUUUUUUAGACGAUAGAAUCCUGAGAAAAUAAAAAACAAACUACUACUGUUCAUUAUUAAAGGCCGUGCUUUUUGAAAAAAAAUGUUUCAAAAGACUCCCGGAAGGACUUUUGAAAACCAUAAAGUUUUCUCAUUCCUGCAUAGCUUAUUUGACUAUGCUAGUGGGGAAAAAUCUUCUUACCUUUCGUUUUUCAGGGGCAAUUUUAGCCAUCGAACAAGGAGAUUCGGAUGCCCUCACCAUUGUUUUGGAGAAAAACCAAAUUGAUGUGAAUAGUCCGAUAUCAACAGGACCUUACCAACAAUACAGCACGAGAUGGACCUUACUGGACGUUGCAAUCAAUUUGAAUCACGCGGAUUGCGUUCAUGCCCUUCAAAAGUACAACGCCGUUGAGAACUUUCAAAGUGAGAAAGUUCUAGCCGAUUUUCUACGAAAUAAUCUUGGAAACUCUCAAAAUGUUGCCUUAAGGAAUGAAUAGGACUCCGCAAACAUAUUCGGUCUAUUUUCAGUUUUUGUGGAACCCAUCGGGAAAAGAGACCAUGAAACCCGAAAUUUCAUAAUUUUUCAUAAAAUCAUAACCAGACUAAUUCAAAAAGUACCCAUAUUUUCCAGUGAACACUAUCGAAAAAAGAAAAAAAGCAGUUUUGGAUGCCAUACAUUACUCAGAAGCAGAGGUCGCAUCUUUACGACAGGGCGCCAUUUCAAAAGUGAUCCUCUUUGUGUGAACCUCGUGCAGAAAUAAAACUUUCAGGAGAAUGAAAAGCAUUUGAACAACAUGGUUGCGCAUAUAGACUUGCUAAGAAAGAUGAAAGCUGCUUUGGACUCUCCAAAAUCUCCUGAUCCGCUGUUUUCAGCAAAGGUUUGUCCUGGCUUUGCAGGAAAGUAUAUUUUCACUCCAGGUUGAAGCGCUUUCCAAUUCUUCCGCCGCGAUUCACGUUAUUCCUCAUUCUCUCUCAGAUAUCGUUUUAAAAUAUAAAAGUUUGUUUCACAACCUUUCUUUAACUUUUUUUUCUUGCAGUUGAGUGGUCGGUUUAUCCGGAUUUCGAAAUUGUCUUUGGACUGUGUGUAGAGCCCAAAACUGAUAUGAACACGAUAAUUGUCAAAGGGCUUGAGAGCAGUUUGCGUUUGAUUUUCCGCAUUUCUGUGGGCGGCGUCGACUCUUUUUCUGCUCCAAUCACAUGUUCUCCAGGAAUGAUUGAAAUUUCAGGUCCUAUUCUUUUAUGUUAGGUGAAUUUAAAUUGAAAUAUAUUCAGCUUGGCAAGACGUAGAUAACAAAAGAGAUGGCUGGUCAGAUCGUUUGACAGAGAUUGAAAAUCUCACCAAUGAGAUUGAAAAACAUCGUCAGAGCUUAGUUUGGCAGAGAGGUUUUUUUUUCUAUUUUUCUUCUGAAAAUGAAGGUCUUCUUGCAGUUUUUCUAAUGACCGAAAAUGGUCAAAAACGGAAAAAGAACGGCUUAAAGGAACUGUUCAGCGCAAGCUCAAAGUUCUCGAAAAAUGCCUCUCGGUACGAUUUUUAAUCCUCAUGCUAAGAUAAGAAACUAAAAAGUUCUAUUUUUAAAUUUCACAGAGGGGUUUAUCUCGCUUCACUCGUUUACACGGAGGGCAAAGUUUUGUGCACAGUAGACGACUGCAUUCCAAUACUUCCGGUUGGUCGAGCCUCUUUUGAAAAAGAAGAACUUUUUUUAGAUUGACGAAAGUGUUCUCUCCAUAUCCAAAGAUGAUCAUCAUUGGUUGAUGAAAAUGUCAAGAUGUUGGGAUCAAGUCGGCGGUUUGAUGGAUACCAAUCCAAAUGCUUACGCCAACAAUAUUUCGUUGAGGUUAUUUACAACUCGAACACUUAAAAAAAGUGUAAUUUGUUAUAGUUUACGAACGAAGUUGAUAAAUGCGGCUGUUGCAAUGCAACAUGCAUUGGGAAUCCGGGACAUAGGUCAUCUUCAUUAUCUUCCAAUCACUUAUGAAAGUUGCACUUUUUUGCUAACUGUUCGGUUUUUGGACUCGAAUCAACAAGUUCAGGUGAGAAUAACAAACUAUUUUUGCUGUGGUUCAUUUGUGUCCUGUAGAUCCGGAUAUAAUCCGCGUUGAAAAGGAUAGAGCCCAAAGAUACGAGAAUGUUAAGUAAAAUGAAGGCGAAUGAAAUUGAAUAAUUGGAAAAAAAAGUUUCAUGUUCAGGGAUUAACUCUACGAUGGCUAACCUUCGAAAAACUACUGCGAAAGAAAAUGGCGACACCUGCAAUCGACAUGCUCACGAAAGAGACUGUCAAUAUCCUCAACUUUUUCGAGAGUAGUCAGAUUCCGCUCAGAAGGUAUCAUAGAAAUUUUUCAUCGAGUUUCAAUCUUAAGAAACAAAAAAAACUUUCUCCAAUUUUUAUUAUUUUCAUUGAGGUUUUUGUUUCUCUUCUUUUUUUUUUGAUUUUUCGGCUAUUUUGUUUGGGUUAGCUUCCCAUUAAUAUUAUUAAACUUUUUUCCAAUUUUUUGUCAAAGUAUCCAUCCGGCUUAUACACACUUAAGUACAGCUUUGCAGGGGUCUUUAUUUAUGUUAUCUGAAGCUUCACUCUUCUUUGAAUUCAAUUCGAGUAGUGGUUCCGGAUAACCUACCGUCUAUCCUCCCUUUUGUAAAUAUUCGGGAUAAUCCUCACAUUACGAAGGAGGAAUGGCAAUGGAUAAAAGUAAGUCCGAAAAGCAUCAAGAUACAAAAAAUUCAAAGCGCUUUUUUUUUGGUUUGCCUUGACAACGGUUUGCGACCGCAAGCUUGAAUUUAUCGAAAAAAAGCUUACCAAAAUAUUUCUUUACAAAGAAUUUUUACAGAGUACCGACUUCAACAAAGAAUUUCAAGCCACAAGACCACAAAUAGAAAUGCACAAACUGCUGUCCAACGCCUUGACCACACUUCUACACGAUCUGGAUAUUGAUAGCGAUCUGGUACCGGGUCAUCGUCUUUAUCACACAGAAAUCAUCCAGCCAAGCAAUGACGUCUCGAUGAUUCUAGUCAGUUUGAGCUGAGCCUUCAGAAAUAACAGCAUUUUGCAGGUUCUUCCUCGAUCUGAUGAAGUUUGCUCGGCUCCGACAGGAUCUGUGAAAAAUACCGACUUCUUCGAACAACGGCGCGGCUGCAGCAGUAUUCCGAUACCUGUGUUUGAAAUGAGUUCAGGCUUCAAAUUUAUCCAUAAAAUUGAUAUUCUAUUUUCAGUACAUCUGUACACGUAUCAACCGCAGUUCAUUUCUACGUACUGCAGAUUGUCCAUUUUCCUGGAGCAUUUUUUGAUGGUGAAUUUUUCGAUGGAAAAUUUUAUUUUUUUGAUGGAAACUUCAUCUUGGAAAUAUAUAUGAUUAAUUGAUUCAAAAACGCUUCUUUUUGGAAAUUUCACAGCCUCUAAAGUUCUUAAUCUUGCUCAGGAUACGGUAAAACUUUUCAUUUUUAGAUAUCCCAAUAUGAACAGCGUAAAUGCUUGUUGGAGAAUGACGCCAAAGUCUACAGAAGUCAAUGUGAAAUUCUCACCGACUUCCAGGUGAUAUUAGUUUAACCGGCCUCAUAUGACGCUUGAUUUGAAGAAGCGAUUGGACGAAAUUUGGCAGAGUGCUCGUUGGAUCAGUAGGAUUGCCUUAGAAGCACGUGACAAACAUGUCAGGUUGGUAAAUCUGAUUAUUUAAAAUGAGUUUCGACAGCUCUGGAUGCACAAAAAGUGCUUAAAACGGCGGGAUUUUUCUUUUAAGAAUUUUAUACUGUUUUGAUAAAUUGACGUCUUUUUGGACUUCUGUGUUCGCAGCCUAAAAAAACCGUAUAAAAAGUAGGGUGACGUAAUGAGCUUUUUUUGCGGCUAACUGAUAUAAAGUUGAAUUGAAACGACAGUUUACUGAAAAUUUUAAGAGUUUCGCGGAGUGCGAUUCCUCUUGGUCGUUUGCUCGCGCCCUUGUCUCCUGAUGAAUAUACCCAUUUACCAUCCUCUUCAAGCGUAAUAAAAAAAUCCAAAAAAAAAAAGAAAAUUUUUCUUUAGGAAGUUGAACUGAGGCCAGAAAAAGCCAUAUUUAAUCUUUUAAAUGCACGCCCACGAUCCCUUCUGGCUUCUCCGCAAGGAAGUUAUCGCAAUAUUGACAGGUGGGAUUUUUUUCUUCGCCUUUAAUAUAUACUCUUCUUAGGACUUUGAGCAAAAAAUAAGCUUUUUUGUCGAGGUUCACCCACAAGAAUUUGUAAUUUUAGGCUUGUUGAAAUGAUAACAUAUUCACUGAAAAUGAUCCAAUUAUUUUCAACUUUCCAUUUUUUAACUCCUUUUUUUUUCUUUUUAGUUUGAUUUAUUAGGACUACAAACAAGAAAACCCUCGAGCUGGAAUUUCACGAAGUUCAGUCACAGCAGUUUUAUGAGGGCUCUAAUCAUUUUUAAACUUUUUUUAAAUCUCUUUCUAACAGGGUUAUAAUUUUCACACCUUUUUGUUUCACCAUAUUCUUUUUUAUGUCCGCCCUUAAAAGAGAGGGCAGAUUUACUUAUUUGAAACGCGUGUAAUUUUGAGCCUAAUCUAUUUUGAAUCAAAGUUCUGUUCUGCAUGUUAGAAUACACUUUAGUAGCUGUUAUCUUUCUUGUUGAUUGCUUGGAAGAAGCUUAUCUUCCUCUUGAUAAGAUAAGUUUCAUGUUUCGUGAAUUUUAAUUGCAAGGCGGGAAACUUCACAAACAGUCACGUGCGCAAUUUUGACUGAAAGCAAUAAGCAAGAUCAUGAAUUUAACAAAAAAUAACCGUUUUUCAGCUUGUACCGUAGACGAAAAGCUUCUAUGGAUGCCAGAUUCCAAAGUCAGCAAUCGACGAGCACAGAAAAAGACCUCGUUAUGGAUCGGCCUCUAAUAGAGGAAAAACGCAGCGUUCGUGGAAAUAUUGUCGUUUGUGUGGCGUACGAUUGCGGCCUCUCUAAAGGAUCCAAAGUGCCGUUGUCUAUUUCUGGGAACACAACAGCACAAGAGGUGGGAUUAUUGAGAAAAGCUAAUACAUUAGAGUUUUGCGGGUAUUUUAGGAAAGUGAACAAUUUCAUCUCACUAGCGAAUAUCAUUAAUAUAUGACAGUGAAAUGAAUAAUCUAAACAAUCCUCAUAGUCCACUAAACUUUGUACUGCGCAACUCUGUCAAAAAAGCGUUUUUAUUGUUUUUUCCUAUGUCUACCCUGGCUACUUAGUUCUCAAAAACUGAAAAUCUGUGCAGAGUGCGAUUUUUCAUUCAAAUCUAGUGUACAUGAAGAAGAUUUAUGUCUAAUUUUUUUUUAAUUUCUUGAUUUUCCAGUAGAAUUAGUUCACUUGUGAGAUAAGGACCGGUUAACCAUUCCUCUUCAACAUAUAGUCAACUUCUUUAAAGGCGAGGGAGAAAAGGGAGCGGGCGCGUACGCUUUUUUUUGGCACGAGUUAAAUUCAACCGCCACCGAAAAAUUGACUAUAGAAAAUUUUGUUGAUUUUCGGUUUGUCUAUCCUCUUCAGAUAUUCGUUAUAAACUUUAAUUCCAGGAAGAGUCGGACAAAAAUGAAAAAUGGCUGAAAAAUGAGUACUCGGAAAAUAUAAAAUUGAACAAAAUAUUGUUUUUUUGAAAAAGUCUGUCAACCCUUUUUUUACUUUGCUAACGUCCGAAAAAAGUUGGAAAAGUUUUAACAGAACAAAAAAACUUACUGAUGAGGAUCAAAAAAACAUAAAGUUUCUCACGUCAAAAGACGGAGGUACGAAAAAAAGAUCAGCGAAAAUUCAAACGGCAACUUUUUCCGAUUUUUUUCAUACUGCUAGGGAACUUUCCGAUUGCGAAGUUUCUGACUAAUCCUUAUCCGACUUUUUUUUCUCAAAAAAUGUUUGUUUUGAAUCUUCCUAUAUAAAGUGCGCAAUUGAUCCAUGAUUAAAACACAAAGAAAAAAAAAUUAAGGUAAAAAGACCUUUUAUAAACCAAAAUUCACAAGGGAAAAAAGUCGGAAAGAAAUUCGUCAGAAACGUCGCCAUUCGGAAAGCUUCCUAGCGAUAUGAAUACAUCUGAAAAGGUGUCGUUCAAAAGUUAGCUGGUUUUUUUUUCAUACCGCCCAAAACGCAAAAUUUACCCUAAAAAUGUCAUUUUUACACUGUAGGUCAACACAAGAAAUCUGGAAACGCCGUUUGGGAGAAUUUGUUCAUUUUAGAAGAAUUUCAGGUGGUGAGUCUGGUGCUGGAGCAAGUGGCGAAGGCAACAGUGAACGGAGAAGAAGAGAUCAACAGCCCCGACGAAAGCGAAUUUUGCCUGGUUUCCAUAGUUGGCCAUCGGGAACGACGUCUCAAACCGGAAACGGCUCUUCUCCGAGUUCAGAAUCCUUGGGUGCAAGGCAACUUGUUCGUCAGAAAACUCGACGACCUCCUUGCCGCGGUGGAGUACGGCAACGAAUCACCUGUGUAA